AUGAUUCUUCUGAUAUUGCUAUUCGUCGGCAACGUCGGCGGGUUUUAUUACCCAUUUGGUGGGGGCUAUGGAUAUCCCCAAGAUGAGGCGCCGAUGGCACCCGAAGAGCCCGUGUAUGCACCAAUUGGCUAUGAGGAAGACACCAACGAUGGAGAAGUAGAAGUUGUGUACGUCCCUGGGCCUCCAGGUCCACCCGGCCCUGAUGGUGGUCAAGGUGACCAAGGGCCGAAAGGUGAUCGAGGGCCCGAGGGACCAAAAGGUGAUCACGGCGUAAAGGGGGAAACCGGCGAGAAGAGCGAGAAGGGGGCGAAUGGUGAAAAGGGCGAGAAGGGGGAUGAAGGCGCGAAGGGCGAUGACGGCGAGAAGGGCGACAAAGGCGAAAUGGGACCCAAGGGCGAAAAGGGCGAGAUUGGCGAGAAGGGCGACAAGGGCGCGGAUGGCGACAAAGGCGACAAGGGUGACAAAGGCGAGAAGGGCGACAAAGGCGAGAAGGGCGCGGAUGGCGAGAAGGGCGAGAAAGGAGAAAAUGGCGAGAAGGGCGAUAAGGGCGACAAAGGCGACAAGGGCGUUAAGGGCGACAAAGGCGAGAAGGGCGAGAAGGGGGCGAAUGGUGAAAAGGGCGAGAAGGGGGAUGAAGGCGCGAAGGGCGAUGACGGCGAGAAGGGCGACAAAGGCGAAAUGGGACCCAAGGGCGAAAAGGGCGAGAUUGGCGAGAAGGGCGACAAGGGCGCGGAUGGCGACAAAGGCGACAAGGGUGACAAAGGCGAGAAGGGCGACAAAGGCGAGAAGGGCGCGGAUGGCGAGAAGGGCGAGAAAGGAGAAAAUGGCGAGAAGGGCGAUAAGGGCGACAAAGGCGACAAGGGCGUUAAGGGCGACAAAGGCGAGAAGGGCGAGAAGGGGGCGAAUGGUGAAAAGGGCGAGAAGGGGGAUGAAGGCGCGAAGGGCGAUGACGGCGAGAAGGGCGACAAAGGCGAAAUGGGACCCAAGGGCGAAAAGGGCGAGAUUGGCGAGAAGGGCGACAAGGGCGCGGAUGGCGACAAAGGCGACAAGGGUGACAAAGGCGAGAAGGGCGACAAAGGCGAGAAGGGCGCGGAUGGCGAGAAGGGCGAGAAAGGAGAAAAUGGCGAGAAGGGCGAUAAGGGCGACAAAGGCGACAAGGGCGUUAAGGGCGACAAAGGCGAGAAGGGCGAGAAGGGGGCGAAUGGUGAAAAGGGCGAGAAGGGGGAUGAAGGCGCGAAGGGCGAUGACGGCGAGAAGGGCGACAAAGGCGAAAUGGGACCCAAGGGCGAAAAGGGCGAGAUUGGCGAGAAGGGCGACAAGGGCGCGGAUGGCGACAAAGGCGACAAGGGUGACAAAGGCGAGAAGGGCGACAAAGGCGAGAAGGGCGCGGAUGGCGAGAAGGGCGAGAAAGGAGAAAAUGGCGAGAAGGGCGAUAAGGGCGACAAAGGCGACAAGGGCGUUAAGGGCGACAAAGGCGAGAAGGGCGAGAAGGGCGUCAAGGGUGAAAUUGGCCAAAAGAGUGACCAAGGCGACAAGGGCGAAAAAGGCGUUAAAGGGGAUAAAGGCGAAAAGGGCGACAAAGGCGAGAAGGGCGCGAAGGGUGAGAAAGGCGAGAAGGGCGACAAGGGUGUCAAAGGCGAUAAGGGUGAAAAGGGUGACAAUGGCGAGAAGGGCGUCAAAGGCGGCAAGGGCGACAAAGGAGCAACUGGAGAUGAUUGCGUUGAUGAAGGUGGAAGCGACGGAGGAGACGGAGGAGAAGUUGGGGAUGGGUGUGAAUGCGGUUCUUCUGAUUGGUUUGCAACUACUCGUGGAAAGACUACCUGGUGUAUUAGGGUUUUCCAUGAGAUUACAAAGGGCACAACUAAGGCGAAUGAGUACUGCCAAAAAAAUGGCGCGAUAUUAACAGCAAUCGAAAAUGAAGUAGAAUAUAACACAAUUAAAAACCAAUCAUAUAGUGGAGAUGUCUUUAGUCAGUGGAACGAUUUGAAUAAAGUAUAUAUGGUGCUUGGAGCAAAGAGGAAAGAUGAAUGCACUAAAAUUGAUUCGAAUAGUUGCACCGCAAUCAAUGGAAAUGUUUUCUUGGAUAACAAAACAACAAAAACUUAUAUGUUUGAAAAGGACUUUCCAAAAAAUCCACCGAAUUUAAGCGAAAAACGAAAGUGCUUUGGUUAUUUAUUAAAAAAGGAUAAAAGUGAUCCUGUUCUUGACGCUAUUAAAUGCGAUGAUGACAAAACUGAUGGAAAAAACCACAAAUUGCUUUUGUGUGGUAAAGAAGCGCAAUGCAAGCCGCCAAUUAAGCGAUAA